GAAUGAUUAGCCCAUAUAUACAUAGACAGCUUUUACUCCACUGGCAAUGACUUCAUUUCGACUGGAUUCGGUCUGCCGGCUAGCAAUUACUACAUUGAUCAGUCUAUUAGCGAUGUUUGAUUUUGAUUUGCGCGCUCACGCUUUCUUUCCUCGGCUUCCGGCGUAUAUAACUUAUUGAUCACGCGGCCCCUGACGGGGCGCUCCGGGCUUACUACUUUGCAUUCGAGUACAUGCUAUCACUUAUGAGACUGACUCGGACUAUCUUGAACAUUCUUUUUCUUCGACUCUUCUCCAAGGUUGGUGGUGGCAGCCUACCUUGGAAUUCGUGCACACACAUACUCGAACACAGAGGGCUCCUCUGUGCUUCACGAAAUUACCAACUAACGACUUCUUUACGAACAAUGAACGGAACAACGGAACGGCCUGACGUUACUGGCUGGUGUCGGAACGAUGAGUCUGACUUUGGGGUUUGGGGCUGCUUUUUUGCAUUGCGAGCAUACGGGGCUGAGGGCGGCACCUGUGUUAUGAUUGAUAUGUUAUGUUACGAUACGACUUAUGGUUUUUCAUGUUGAUGAUUUAUGGUCUGGAUGGUUUUAAUGUUUAUGAGGGUGGCGGUUCGGGUUU